AUGCGCGUAUCCACCGCGUUCUCCAUUCUUGCCGCCACGGCGGCAGCCGACGUGGUAAUCAUCCCCGGCGGUGACCCGAAACCCUACCGCGGCGACGCAGCCGUCACCUCCGAAGACGCCUUCUUCCGGCGGUCCGCCCCCAACGAAUUCUUCAACUCGUCCGCCAAACUGAUCAUGAGCUCGCACUCGGCCGUCCUCACCAAAGGCCGGAGCACCAACCUGACAAGCGCCGACGGCCUCCAGCCCUCGGGCGACUCCUUCCUGCGCGGCGCGAUCCAAGCCUGGGGCGAGCACCUGCACCUGGUCCUCCGGCCCGACGAAGUCUGGUUCACCAUCCUGGUGCAGCUCAACUUCUACAUGGCCGCGCACGCGGAAGAGGUCCGCUCGCUCUUCGUCUCAACCCCGCCCGGGACCCAGCAAGAAAUUUACAUCCAGGACAUGACCCUCUACCGCGUCCUGAUCCGGUUCCAGGACGAGAUCCAAAAACGCAUCAAGACGCCCUGGCUCCGCGACUGGAUCGCCCCGGGCUUCUCCACCACGACCCAGUCCGACGCCAUGACGGCCAACAUCCUCAUGAUGGGCCUCACCAAGGCCUACUUCAAGUACACGGGCAAGGUCGUCUGCGGGCUGCCGUCCGUCACCCUCCUCGGCACGGCCGCCGACUGGGACGCGCUGCUGGCCAAGCUCGACCGGCUCCCCGCCUUCGGCACCGAGCCGGCCCAGUACGCGGCCCGCCUGCGGCCGGUCCUGUCCCGGUUCGCGCAGAGCUUCCGUAGCCCCGACGCCGAGUCGACGAGGCGAUUCUGGAACCAGAUGGUGGUCGGCAGGCGCGGCCAGAUCUGCGGCGACCCGCCCGUGUUGGUGUCGGGCUGGAUCACCGGGUUCUGGUUCUGGAACGAGCGCGGCGGGGCGUAUGCGCGCGUGAGUAAUACUUCUUCGGCGAGGGGGAGUUUGCUGACGCUCGACGGCGUGGCGUACCCGACGCUGGACGUUAUGGACGCGCCGAUCGGGUAUGCGCGCACGCCGCUGCUGCUGCUGGAUUGGGACGGCGUGGCCGAGUUUCCGGCGUUUGUUGCCGCGGGGCCGAUCGGGAAGCAGAUUACCGAGGGCCCGCCAGCGGGGCAUCGUGAGGCGGUGCUGAGGGCGGGCGGGAAUGGGAGUCUGGUUGGGGGGGAUGAUGAGAAGAAGGGACAUGCCACGCUCCGGCCGCUCAGUGGGUGGAUGGUGUAUGGGCCGCUGGAGCAUAACAAAACGAAUUCGGCGUGGGUGGUUGAGGACGAGCUGGCAAUUGUGCAGGCGAGCGCGGUGAGGUAUUUUAGUGAGGAGGUGUGCGGCGCGUCGAGGGUGUUUUGA